UACCUAAAUUGCUUAUAUAUGGCAUUUAUCUUCUAUCUAGUGAGAUGGUUGAUGACUUUCAAAAUGGUAAGGGAAAAUAGGGACCAUACUUUGGGUGAAUGGCAGGAUAGAUAAUUAAGAUAAUAAAGUCGGUGGUUUGACAUCUCACCAAGGCAAAAGCAAUAAUCCUGCACUGAUUUCAUUACUGCUUUAGAUAUUGGACCUGAGAAUAGACUCUGGCAACACGAGCCUAAAGAAUAGCUUCUAAAGUCAACAUAUAAAAUGUAACAUGUACUGAUAGUUUGAAAUAGUUCCAGAUACUUCAACAAGCCUGUGAGGGUGGCCAGUUAGUAUUCUUUUCUAUUGGUAUGACUUGUCCAAACUAUCACAUGGCUGAGUGUUGACAGAGCCAACCCUAGAACCCAGGACUCUUCUAAUGAAGUACUCUAGCUAGUCAGAUAUUCAGAAUUUCUUGGGAAAUGAUCAGAAAAAAAAGAUGUAGGGACUAAUUCAAGGUCGCACUGUCAUAAUAGAUGUGAAUUGUUUGAUUUUAAAAAAGAUAUGAGCAAGUUCAGAAUGAAAUAUUUAGCAUUCCUCUUGUCUUAGUCUAAAUGUGUCAGUAAUGGUAAAUAGAUAAGAUUGGAGUGAAGCAAAUAAUGGCUGGUGAGGAUAUUAACAAUGUUUGCAUCUCAUUAAGCUACUGAGAAAUCUGUUUUGGACGUCUGUACUUUAAGCAAAAUGUGAAGAACUUUAGGAUACAGAAGAAAAUCAAAUAUGGAUCAUUUUGAUGAAAGAUGUAACAAUUUGGAGAAAACCUUCAGAAGAAUUUAAUGGAUACCUGGUAGGUACUGAAUCAAGCGCCAUUUAUGGAAUAGUACAUCCUUUCCCUACUGAUACGUAGUGCCACCUUUGAAAUAUGUCGAGUUCUGCUAUUAUUCAUGAGUCAAACCUCUGUGUGCUAUUCCUGGGUGACCUAUUUUCCUGUUCCUGUAAAAAAGUUUUUGAAAGUCAGAGUAAAAAUAUGUGCAUACUAAUAACAUGUUAGAGCCUAACUGAGAAAAGAACAGCAUGCAGAAUAAAUGAAGCUCGAGUGUUGUAUGGACUGUUUUCGGCUACACCGUAACAUGAAGUUUCAAAGCCCAAGGUGCUAUAGAUGACAGCGUCAAUAGUGUCAUAGACCAUAUACGCCCAGGUCCCUGUCGCUUGGAUUGGGACAGCUUAAUGACUUCAAUGGACAUUUUGGAACACUUUGAAGAGAAUUGCUGUGUGAUACGUUACACUACUGCUGGUCAGCUUUGGAAUAUAAUUUCCCCAAGAGAGUUUGUUGAUUUCUCCUACACUGUGGGCUAUGAAGAAGGGCUUUUGUCCUGUGGGCUAAGUGUUGACUGGAGUGAAAAGAGACCAGAAUUUAUUCGUGGAUAUAACCAUCCUUGUGGUUGGUUUUGUGUUCGACAUAAAGACAAUCCACACCAGAGUCUUUUGACAGGCUACAUUCAGACGGAUCUGCGCGGGAUGAUUCCUCAGUCUGCGGUAGAUACAGCCAUGGCCAGCACUUUAGUCAACUUCUACGGUGAUUUACAAAAAGCCCUACAAAAGGCAUAAUACAUUUAAACUUGUAGUACGAUAGUCCCCCAAAUCAACUUUUUCUCUCAGCUGCAUGGCCUGUGAAAAUCAUCCUUUCCUCUCUUCUUUGUAGCCUAUAGAAAAAUUUGAGAUGAUUUGCUGGUUUAUUUUAUUCCUAAAGUAAAUAGUUAUCUAAGAGAGGGCAUUUCCAUUUUCUUAGACACUGACUGCCACACUGUUUGGUACAGCAUUGUGUCUAAGCAUGGAGAAUAUGACCCACAUCCGUGAAGGUGUAGGUAUACUUCUUUGACCUGAACUCUUAAGAAACUGAAUACUGCCUCAGUAUGAAUAUUUUGGCUACUUGGAAAUUGGAGAAAGCACAAGCUUCAUGUUGUUAGUUAAAAUCCCUGUUUUAGAGUUUUAGGAACAUUUUCUAAGUUUUAACUAUUUUUGGAAGCUAAAUAUUAGUGCUUUACUUUUGGUAUGCUCUAUGAAUUUGCCAGUAUCUUGGACUAAAGCAAAAACUAUAUUUUAUACAGGUGAACUUCAUUGUCAGGUGACUUGUACUACUUUAAGUAUUGAAAAAAUCAAAGAAUAGAUAACAGUAGUAUAGAUACAAUUCAAAUACAAUUGUUUUGACACCUAGAUAACAUUCUUUUGUGGAUAUCUUUAAAAAUGUAUUUGUAUCUUUCUGUGCGUUUCUUUUGGAAGGCCUAAAAAAGCAUUUAUGCAUGGCUAAACCAGUACAAAGAAGUGCCAAAUAUGUGCUGGGGACACCACAUUGAUUGGAUUGUAUGAACUGGUUGGUGGUACCCUAUAUUCACACAACAGCAAAUUGUCUAGAAAUCAAAUUCAGUGAGUGUUUUGUUCAUGUUUUAGUUUAGUUUUGUUUUGUUUUAAAUUAGCCCUCAAGAAAUAGCUUUUAAUUCUUAGAAGUAUGCGAUAUUCUGUAGGAAAAUAAUCAGAUUUUCAGUCUUUCUCAUGUGAUCCAUGUUCAGAUUUCAGUUUUAAAGUAUCUUUCACCUCAUAAAGUAUUACUAAGUACAUCAUAAAUAUUCACAGCUGUGAUAUAACUUCAGUCUGGAACUUUAACAAAUACAUUCAUAGAUUUGUCCACAUGCCUGGAUGAGUCAUUUUAUAACAAGCAUGGACUAUAAUAGGUCCCUUAAUCUGUGGCUGCCUUAAAUGAACAUUCCUGAAUGAUUUUAACAUUCCAGAUGAUUCUUUGGCUUUUGAAUAACCACCUGGUUUACUUCUAAAAUGAGACCUGAGGUGACUCAGUAUAUCCAUGCAAAUGUUUGUAUUUAUGUUUGUGUUUGGGCACACGUCUUGAAAUCUUAUCUUCCUGUUCAAUGUGAGUUCUUUAUAUGGUACUUACUGUAUCCAUGGUUUUGUUUCUUCUUCUUUUUUUUUUGAUUAAUUUUUUUAUACUCUAUAUUUUAUAUUCUAGUAUUCUGUCUAGGAUGGUGAAUGCCAGCAGAUGUCCAAUUAUAUGGUGCCCAGAUCGGGUGAGGGAUUUGCAGUAAGAUUGCCUGAGCUGGGUACCCCUAAAGCAAAUAAACUGUCCACUCAGUGACUCUAAUGUUCUCUCUGUCUUUUUCAACUUAUACCUCCAAUUAGUGACUACAUAAUCUACUGCUGAAUUGGACCCAUUGCCUGUAAAAGGACCUUCACGGAAGAAUUUUUGUUGCAAUACUGAGUCAUAUGAUAGGUUGAAAAAUAAUAUUUGAAUUGCCUGAAAUUUAUAUGCAGCUUCUAGAUGGCACUUUAGAUCUGGCUGGUCUCUAGUUGGCACUUUUUUUUUGAAAAAAACAGCUUUAUUGAGGUAUAAUUUACAUGCUGUACAACUUAACUGGCUGGAAGUAUACAAUCCAGUGAUUUUUGAAUACAUUUAUAGUUGUGCGGUCAUCACCACAAUCCAGUUUUAGAACAUUUCUAUCAACCAAAAAGACUCCUUUUGCCUGUUUGCAGACUCCUGUCUAACCAAAGUUUAGCACAGUUGCCAAUAUACAGAAGAUGAAAAAGAUUAGAGUAGGUUUUAUCUGGUUUUGUUUUUAAGCGUAGAGGCAUAGUUGAUUCUAAGCUCAGGCCUUUUGUGGUAAUAUAUUAAAUAUGUUAUCUCAAAUACCGUAAUUAUACAAAAAUUUAAUGAAUGGGUUGGGAUUAAUAUUAAACAUAUAAUUGAAUCUGCUAUUUCUGUAGCAGUGCUAUAGAAUAGAAAAAUAAUGUGAGCCAUAUACUAUGUAAUUUAAAAUUUUCUAGCAGUCACAUUAAAAAAGAUAAAACAGCUGGUGUUAAUUUUAAUAAUAUAAUUUAUUUAACUCAGUAGAUCCCAACUAUUACCAUUUUACCAUGUAAUCAAUGUAAACACUCAUUAGGAUAGUUUAUAUUCUUCUUCUGUACUAAUUCCUUGAAAUCUGGUGUGUAUUUUACUAAUUUGGAUUAGCCACAUUUUAAGUUUGCAUUAUCCACAUCAGGCCAGUGGCCUGCAUUGAAUAGCACAGAUCUGUAGUAUAUGAAUUAAUUUGUCUUUUUAUAAUAUAAAGUAAUGCAUUUCAUGGAAUUACUCUCUUAAAUACAAAAUGUUUUCUGGUCUCUGGAGCCUUGAGUGCUUGCUAAAUGGGGACUUCUGAACAUUAGAAAUAAAUUAGUUUGUAGUUGUUAAUAAAAUAUUAUAGCCAAAAAAACUUUUCCUUGAAAGAUGACCCCUUUCAGGGGGCAGUGAAUGAAACAAAAAAAUAUAAUCUGCCUUGUUAGGUGGUUGAUUAUUUUUUUUAGCUUAUAGCUAGUUUGCAUCAGAAACCUAUUUAUGCAGGAAAUAUUGGCAUAGUACUGUUUUCAGUACACAUUACCUAUUUUUUUAAGGACAUAGUUUCAUACAAAAAAAUCAUAAGUUAUCAUAAGUGAUACUUUUGCAUGAAGUUUUAGUUUGUAUUGAUAACUCUUGAUUAACCCUUGAAGUUUAAUGCAAUACUUAGCAAAAAUAAUUGCGGGAACUUAGUGUCUGCAGUGAUGUAUAAUAUGAACUGCUAGAGUGUCUUCAUUUUACUGUUCAUCGAGGUUGGAUGUAUUUGAAAUUGUAGAUUUCUACAUGUAAAAUUAUCUCCCAGUAAAAAUAAUUUUCUUUCUUUUCCUCUCUCCUCCUCCUUUCUUUACUGAAAGGCUUAUUAUCAGCACUCAGGUUGAAUUAAAUUCACAUCUCAAACUAAAAAUUCUGCAGUUGAGGUUGCCUCUGGGGAAGAUAGGAAAACAUUGCACAAUUUAAGCCCUUAAUUGUAUAUUGAGCUUUUGGGUAUGAGUAAUUUCCUUUGAUGUAGAUAAGAGCUUUACCUAUUGACUCAAGAGCACACUGGCGUCCUUAGAAUCAGUGGUUAAAAUCCAGAUCCUUUUACUUACAUGGAUACUGCAGCUGUCUCCACCUUACGGGUAAAUUUUGAAACCCAGAGAAGUUAGGGGACUUUACCAGGUUUCCAUCAGAAUGGGUGUCAGAUAAUCACUUGUGUGGUGUAUCUCCAUUGCCUUUCUUACUUAACAGCUCCUAGAAGGUGGGAUCUGAGCAUACCAGAAACAUAGGAAGUUGGAAUUUUAAUUUCUUCAUAAUUUUGUUGUUUCCAAAGAUUUUACAUGUAUAAAUAAAAGUUCAUCUCAUACAAUUCAAUAAAAGCUGUACUAUAUAUAGAUUUUAUUUUUUAAGAAGUUUAUAAUUCUUUUAUGAGCCAAUAUGUAAAACUCGAACCUUUAAUAAACUAAAAGCAUGUUUUAAUAUAAGCUGUAUUUAUUUUUAAAUUGCUAUGAAAAAUAUCAGAAUAAAUUACUAGACACUCUUAUCACUGAUACGGUCUGAGUUGCUUUAACCUUCAAUACUGAAAAACAGUUUCAUAUGUGUGAACUUAAAAUAUGUAAUUUAACUUCCUAUAUUCUUACAAAAGAAAAAUAUAAACUGGAAAAUAGCGAUUAAUAACUCAUCUGCUAACCUCUCAGCAAAGCCUCAUAGAAUAUUAGCCCAAAUACUGCUGACUUUUGAUUUGCUUUUAUGUAGCCGGGAUGAUGAUGAAUGUGUUCUUCCCUUACUACGGCAACAUAUAC